CCCCACACGCCAUUCAAUUGUGAAACCUCGAACGAGACGCACGCGCUGCUACCAUGGCAAGCACCGGUUCUAAAGUUGCCCUUCACGUUCUAAACGCAAUUAGUUUAAUAAUCGGUCUCGCGAUCGCAUCUGCUUCAAUAUGGUUCUUCUGUCAAGUUAAUGAAUUUACUAGAUUAAGGAACAGUAAUCAUUACUUGCUCGACUACACUGUGUAUUGGCCUCAGGCCAUACCAUGGCUGUUUUUCUUCGUGGCGCUGUUCGUUAUCGGAGUUUCGGCGUGCGGUUUCGCCGGCGCCCGGAAGAAAAGUCGGGGCCUGUUAACUGUGUAUAUUACGAUGUCGUCGAUAGUGAUACUGUGUUUGGUCGCCGCUGCCGUUCUCUCCUUGGUUUUUGCUGACAACAAAUCAACGGAUGACUUCGUCAAGGACACGGUAUGGGAUGUGUAUUUCCAAGCGAAGAUCGACACGGACGUAGCCGAGUCGUUUGGUGUUAUCGAGAGAAAGCUGCACUGCUGCGGCGCUGAUAGCCCGAGGGAUUACAAGAACUGGAAGUCUGAGUUCCCUAUGUCGUGCUGUGACGUAUAUUACCACGGAUGGUUGGAACCUUAUACGAUUGAUUGCGAAUUCACGAAUAAAUUGGCCAAUGAGAGGCACGGGUGUUCUACGGUCGCCGCUCAGUACGCGAGAAUUGCCAUCAAGGUUUUGUCUGCUGCGUCUAUAUUUACCGCGUUUAUUGGCAUCAUGAGUGUGGUGGCCGCUGUUAUGUUAUCAAGAGCGCUGGAAAAGAGAAACCGUCCACCAGUCCAGCACGAGUCAGAGAGCAAAAAGGUUUUACUCUCUUACAAUUCGCUAUGUUGCAACAUUUCUCAUAACACUGCCUGCUAUCAUUCGGGUCGGACGUUUGUAAAGAUGGCGAAAGAAGAAAUGAUCAAGGGUGUUCUGUAUGUGUUGAAUGUGAUAUACGCCGUGUUCGGGCUCGUGACAGCCGCGACGGGCAUCUGGUUCUUUGUGCAACUGUCAGAAUUCGUGGCCUUGAGAAACAGCAACCAUUAUCUCUUGGACUAUAGAGUGUAUUGGCCGCAGGUGGCGCCAUGGUUCUUUAUACUUUUGGGACUUUUCGUCAUGAUGGUGGCCUUCUGUGGAUGGUGUGGUGCCAACAGGGAGAGUAGAGGCCUACUCGGUAUCUAUGGAUUAUUCCUCAUUCUUAUUAUCCUCGGACAAGUGAUCGCAGCCACAUUGAUCUUCGUAUACGUUGACGGCGAAGACACGGACAGAUUUAUAAAGGAUACGGUGUACGAUGGAUAUUACAACUCGCAGUCCAACCCUGAUGUCUUCAAAGCGUUCGGACGAAUCGAAAGGAAGCUGAGAUGCUGCGGAGCGAACGACGCCAGAGAUUACAGGAGCUGGAGGAACGACCUGCCGUUGACCUGCUGCCAGGACAGCUACUACAGAGCGACCUGCGACUUCACCGACAAGGAGGCCAAUGAGAGGUUGGGUUGUGCUAAAGUGGCGUCCGUGUAUACAAAGAUUAUCAGUUCAUCGGUCGCCGGUGCGUCUCUGCUCAUAUCGCUGGUCGAGAUCACGGGAGUCAUCCUCGCCUGGAAGCUGUUCAACACAUUGAGAGAGGUUGAACAUUAUAUCACGGAGCGCAAGGAGGGCGAGACGGAAUGUUAAUAAUCGAGGUAGUAUUAUAAUUCUAAUGAUUGUGUAUUUGGUUUUACAAAACAUAGCUUACUGAAGUUGUAUCGGCUAUUGUGACCGGGUCGAUGUCGCGCUUGAAUAGUCCUGCCGCGAAUCUAUUGUACUUUUGAAUAUGUUACAUGUAUGUAACGCUUUAUAUGUAUAUAGGCUAAAUACCACUCGUAGGACUUUGAGUAAAGUAAAGAAGCGUGUUGUAUAUAAAGCAGAUAUUUUAAUUUUCAUAAUUAAGAAUGACGUCAUUUGAAAAUUCAAGAUGGCGGAUAUAAGCGCCGUGCUUAUAAAUGUAUGUUGAGGAAAAUAUAGCUUAUGUUAAUUGCGUGAAUUCCUGACAUACUAGUUUCUAGCGUGAUUGUCUGUUGAGCUGGAGGCCACGGUCACCAUAGCUGAUACGAAUGUUAUCCUUAGCCAAAUUUUACCACCGAUUCUGUAUGGCCUACCGUAAAUGAAAGUCUGUUCUUUAAUGCCUUUAGUAUAACGUCCAUAAUUCCCUGAAUUCCGAACCGAAUUCGACGAAUCGAGUCGAAUCCUGGGCGAUUUUCUUUUGAAAGUUUUUCUUCCAAGGCUUUAUCUUUUUUUUUUUUUGUGAAUAAAAUUCGUUUCCUUGGUAAGGAAGUGUUUGAAUUUUUAUUCGUCGCUAGUUUUCGAACUGACUUACGUUACCAUUUGUGUCAUUUAAGUGACUUUAUUUUAUAAUAUUUUAAUGUAAUUUAACUACGAUAUACUUUGUAAAUUUUCGGUAAAGUUUUUUAUAUUAGAAAUUUUAUAUUAUCAUUGUAAUGAAUUAAGAUUUUUAUAUGAAAUAUCAGUAUUUUGUAAGUUUUACUUGUAUAUUUUAAUUUUGAUCACAGCUUUAUUUGUAAUGCAUGCUAUAAUUAUAUUAUGUAACGGUCCAAUCUCACGAACUAGAAUCGAAUCUGUAAUAUUGGACUCAAACUUGCUUUCUCCGCUGGUUAAGAACAUCUCAUCUAAUUAAAUCUUGAAUCUUUUAACUCUUAAUUAUGUUUAUAAUCUUGAUAAGGGCCACACCUAGUUCAAAGUUCAUUCGACGCCUUAUUUAAUCAUUAAUUUCCUCCUUAAGUCAUGAAUCACUUGUUUUGACUCAUAACUCGGUAUAUGACCUCGAUGCCCCACGACAGCAGCUUGUAACAAAUGCUUAGUUAUGCAAGUUAGCGGAGUACAUCAGUGACCUUCUAAUGUAUGGUUUUAGUGUUAAGCCUUAUAGCGACCUUAUUAGAAUAUUUAUUUAUUUAUACUUUAUUGCACAACAUGUAUAGCGGAGACGAUAUAUUAUGAGAUACAAAAAAAAGACAAACUCUUCAUAUAUUUAAUUAUUUCUAGUUCAGUUUUGAGUAGGUUUCGUUUAAUGUUAAACGUUUUGGAGUAUAUAAUGGUAGAAUAUUUUAAUUUUAUGUUGCAAGAGCGAUUAGGUGCGAAUAUCAAAUAUCAUUGUAAGCUGUGUGCUUGGAUUGUCGUCUUGUAGUGGGGUAUGAGAAAAAUUCGACCUCGGCUCGCUCAGCUAGUAAGUAGCCUCUAAUUUGGUAAAUGAGAGAUGUUAGCUAAGCUUAAAACUUGUCUUUGUUUAUUUUGAACGGAACUUAUGCUACUACAAAUAACCUAUUUUUUUUUUUAAACUUAUAAUUCGAAAUACAAUAAACAAAAUGUAUAUGAAUAGUUAUUUUAUUUUAAAUUUUUUUAAUGAAGUUUUUAUACCAAUUUAUAAAUGUAACAUUUAUGUUUAUCUAUUUUUGAAACUGUUACAUGUAUGCAUUUUGAAUAUUUUUAAUAUAAUUAGUAUGUACAUACGUACGAACCUCUUUACUUAGUAUGUAUGGGCUUGUUUGUUUACGUUUCGACAUCGUAUUGUGUAAGGUCUUUUUAAGGUCCAUCGAAGCUGUAGAUGGCUUUCGACACACGUUUCGUAACUAUUUAUAAAAAGUAGGCCGCGACCGAAACACAGGUGUGCUUAUUAUAUAUGUAUAUUAUUUGCGAAACCGCUUGAAUCUAAUAUUAAUGGUGCCAUCAUAUUGAAAACUUGUAUUGCGACAUAAUUUUUAUACCUAACGAAAGUGCUAUUAUAAUAUAUAAGUAUUUAAUUAGAUUCCCAAUCAAUCCGUCUAAAUUUAUAUCAUUACGUAUUUAUAAUAAUCUGCUUCCGUCCGUUUAUACGUCACGUUUAAAAUAAAUACAAUUUUUUUUUAUAUGUAAAUGUUUAUCCACAUGCCAAAGAAAUGUGUACAAAUGUUCGCAUUCAUUUAAAUCAAAAUAUAUGAAAUGGAAGUAAAUGAAUAAGUUUAUUGCAUGAAAUAAAUAAAUAUAUCAGUUAAGAUAUCGAACCACUGAAUUAUAUUAAUUUAUAAGAUAUUUUUAUACAGUAAUAUAUUUAAAUUAAGUCGGAACUAGUCUUAAGACGUUCAUAUAAAUAUUAUAACUGAAAUAUACGUUUGAAUCUCUA